GCAGUGCUCGUAUGGAAGAAGAAGAGCUGUAAAAGCCGUUGCAGUGUUUUUUACUGUGUAAACACAAAGGUGGACCCUGAAACGGUUACAGAUUAGUCUGGUUUUAUCUGAUAUUGGACUUUUACCGACGGUUUACCUUUUGUUUCUACGGCUUGUGUGCUCAGCGGUUUAUUUUGGACUUGUUAAAUUCCCGAACCCGACAUGGAGAGGGAGAAUCCAGCUUUCAGUCAACCAGACAAUGAGGGCAGCAUAAACCGGAACGCUCCACUGUAUUGCAUUUGUCGCAAACCAGACAUCAACUGCUUCAUGAUAGGUUGUGACAACUGCAAUGAGUGGUUUCAUGGUGACUGCAUUAAGAUUUCAGAGAAGACAGCAAAAACAAUCAGGGUUUGGUACUGUGAACGCUGCCGCAGUAAAGACGAUUCUUUGGAGGUCAAGUUUCGUCCCAAGAAAAGCAGAGAGAAAGAUGCAGAUGCAGAAGGAGUGGAUUCACAAGCUGACACUGACACACCCGAUUUUAAGACUGGCCGGCGUGGAUCACGGGUGAAGCGGUCAGCACGUAUGUGUGGGGAGUGUGAGGCCUGCAGGAGAACUGAGGACUGUGCUCAGUGUGAUUUCUGCAAGGACAUGAAAAAGUUUGGCGGCCCAAAUAAGAUCAGGCAGAAGUGUCGGCUACGGCAGUGUGAAGUCCGGGCCCGGAAAAUGCUGCGGGUGAAGGAUGAGGAGUACUCUGCGUCUAAAAGCCCACACAUGGCCCAGAGAGACUGCCCUCUAUCGGAUGAGUUCAGUGAGGAUGAGCUGGAGCUUUAUGAGCAGUACCGUGCUGGCAGAUACGGAGACCAUAGCUGGAACAGUGAUGAUGAUGAUGGUACGUGCCUUGACCCUGCCAUGCGGAAGAGAGCCGUGAAAGUCAAACAUGUGAAGAGGAGGGAGAAGCGAUCUGAGAAAAAGAAAGAGGAGAAUAAGCCCCGUAAGCACAAACCGAAGCAGAAGCACCGGGACAAGGUGAGGCACAGUGAGCGGACUGAGACUCGAGACAGUGGGGGGAGCAGACAGUGCCUCGGGCCGAGCUGUGUGGAAGCGGCACGUCCCAACUCCAAAUACUGCUCUGAUGACUGUGGCAUGAAGCUUGCAGCCAAUCGGAUCUAUGAGAUCCUCCCUCAGCGUAUCCAACAGUGGCAGCAGAGCCCCUGUAUUGCUGAGGAACAGGGCAAGAAGCUUCUGGAACGCAUCCGGCGUGAGCAACAGUCGGCCCGCCUAAGGCUCACUGAGAUGGAGAAGCGUUUUCAUGAGUUGGAAGGCAUCAUCGCUAAGGCCAAACAGCAAGUUGUAGAUCAUGAUGAAGAGGUAAAUGAGGGAGAUGAUGAUACGGACCUUCAAAUUUUCUGCGUCUCCUGCAGUCAUCCAGUCAACCCCAAGGUGGCGCUGCGUCAUAUGGAGAGAUGCUAUGCCAAGUAUGAGAGUCAGACAUCAUUUGGUUCUAUGUAUCCCACACGCAUAGAAGGUGCAACAAGGCUGUUCUGUGACGUUUACAAUCCUCAAAGCAAAACAUACUGUAAGAGGCUUCAGGUUCUCUGUCCCGAACACUCUCGAGAUCCAAAGGUUCCAGCAGAUGAGGUGUGUGGCUGCCCUCUGGUUCGUGAUGUCUUUGAGCCCACAGGGGAGUACUGCAGAGUGUCCAAGCGCAAAUGCAACAAACACUAUUGCUGGGAGAAGCUCCGCAGAGCAGAGGUGGAUCUGGAGAGAGUCCGAGUGUGGUACAAGUUGGACGAGUUGUUUGAACAGGAGCGAAACGUCCGCACUGCAAUGACUAAUCGUGCUGGCCUGCUGGCUCUCAUGCUGCAUCAGACCAUUCAACAUGACCCACAUGCCACAGAUCUGCGCUCCGGCAAGGACAGAUAGCCACUGAGGUCUGCUUUACCUUUUCAUAGGUGCUAAUGUAACAUCAGUAAAUGUUUAAAAAUAAUAUCUGUAACAGUAAGAAAUAAAAAAAAAAUAAAACUGCACAGAAAAUUCUGUAUCUUUUAAAAAAUUCUGGAAAGUUUUAAACUCUUGAGAUGUUAAACUUUUAACCUAACGCAAGGAGAAGCAGCCACUAAGAUCUCUUUUGUCUUUCAUUCUAAUGUUUCAUUAAAAGGUGGCCGAGCAACACAAGUAACAGUAGUUUUCCUUUAAUUGCAAGUUCAAUGAUUAAAGUUUCUUAUUUUAUUCUAAGAGUGACAGUUUGGAUUUACAUGGAUGUUCUUGUAAAGACUCAUUAGAAAUAGCCUACUGGCUUUGGAGGUGGUUCUUAAUAGCACUAUGGAGUUCUACAUAUAUGAAUUAAUUCAUCUCAUGAUAUUUUUCUACCAUUUUUAAAUCGUAACUUUUUGAGAUUAAAAAUAAGGUCUUGUUUGGAGGAAGGAAGAAACAGCUAUGCUAGCUCAGCUAUAUGAUUACUGCUAGCUUAGCUAUGUGACCACGAGCCAAGUAGCUGCAAGCACAUUUGGUUCCAUGAAAUAAAGGUUUAUCCUAUGCUCUUCGCUGGUUGGGUGUUUUUUGUGUCCAUCAUGCUUUAAAAUUCUUGUAAUAUACUCCGUAUAGAUUUUGUCAUUGUUGUUGGAAAAUUUUUGCACAUCCUCGAAGAGAUUUGUCUUUUCCAGUGCAGCCUUGGGCCUCAUUCACCAACUCUUCUUAAGACAAAAUUUCUUCUUAAAACCAGCUUACACAGUUUUUAUGAAGAUUCUGAUAUUAACCAAUGUUUUCUAAUUUGGGAUUUGUACUACACACACUCAAGAGCACAAAGGUGUGAACAGUUCUGUGGUUUAAGAACACGUCACGAAUCUGACGUAAACUUUUUGACGAAAGACUUCUUAGGACUUUUCUCAAGAACAAAUUUAAGAAAACGUGGGAGGAUAUUGGCAAAUGAGGCCCAUUGAUUGCGUUUCAUUCAGAAGUACUAAUUCUUGUGCACUACUUUCUCUGAAAGCUCCAUUGUCCCCAGUGAAAUUGUACACAGGGUGCUUUGAACAGAUAAGCAGAGAAAACAAUGCUAAUGGUGCCACUUUGAGUUUCAUUUACAAUUAACUGUACGUUUGUCUUGGUAGUUGACCAAUUCUGUAUAAGUACUUUUUGAAUGUAUGACGUGUGUCAUCAAAAUUAAAUUCAUUUCACUUUG